GUGUACGACUUUGCGCUAUCGCCAGGACCUCCCGCCAACCAGUGUCAUCAUCACCUUCCACAACGAGGCCAGGUCGACCCUGCUAAGGACGAUUCGGAGCGUGCUGGACCGCACCCCAGCGCACCUCGUCCAUGAAAUCAUACUAGUGGAUGACUUCAGUGAUGAUCCUGACGACUGCCGCUUGUUGGGCAAGCUCCCCAAGGUGAAGUGCUUGCGGAAUGGACGGCGAGAAGGUCUGAUCCGGUCCCGAAUCCGAGGGGCAGAUGUUGCACAAGCAGGAGUCCUGACCUUCCUCGACAGUCACUGUGAAGUGAAUAAGGACUGGCUGCUUCCUCUGCUGCACAGGAUCAAAGAGGAUCCUACCCGGGUGGUCAGCCCUGUUAUCGACAUCAUCAACUUGGACACUUUUGCCUAUGUGGCAGCUUCCUCAGACCUCAGAGGAGGUUUUGACUGGAGUCUGCACUUCAAAUGGGAGCAGCUUUCCCCAGAGCAAAAAGCCAAACGACUUGAUCCCACCGAACCCAUUAAGACUCCCAUCAUUGCCGGGGGACUGUUUGUGAUUGACAAAGCCUGGUUCAACCACCUGGGGAAGUAUGACAGUGCCAUGGACAUCUGGGGUGGGGAGAACUUUGAAAUCUCUUUUCGUGUGUGGAUGUGUGGAGGGAGCCUGGAAAUCAUCCCCUGCAGCCGUGUUGGACAUGUAUUCCGGAAGAAACAUCCGUACAUCUUUCCAGAGGGAAAUGCCAAUACAUACAUUAAAAACACCAAGCGCACCGCGGAGGUGUGGAUGGACGAAUUCAAGCAGUACUACUACGCAGCUCGUCCUGCAGCCCAAGGGAGGCCUUACGGAAACAUCCAGAGCAGAAUGGAGUUGCGGAAGAGGUUGAAAUGCCGUACCUUCAAGUGGUACCUGGAAAACGUUUAUCCCGAACUUCGGAUUCCUGAGGAAUCACUCUAUCAGACUGGGAUAAUCAGGCAAAGGCAGAGCUGCUUGGAGUCACACAAGUCUGAAGACCAAGAGUUCCCCGUGCUGAGCUUAAAUCCUUGCAUCAGCAGCAAAGGCACGGCAGCGACAGCACAG